UCACCUGCUCAAGCACAGGAACGGACGCCUAACCUGAACAAAGGACUCCGAGAUUAGACACACCACGCACUCUAUUCUGGACUGUAUUUUACUUCAGCAAAGACUGAAUCAUGUGUUCUGGAAAUUUCGCCAAAUGCCUGGGGAUAACCCUCCUCCCUCUGGCCAUCAUCUGUGUCAUCUGCAACAUUAUGCUGUUUUUCCCUGGCGGUACAGUAGCCCAAGAGAGUACCGACAUCACGGAUGAAGUCUUUUACUUUGGAGGCAUCCUGGGAUCUGGUGUGCUGAUGAUUUUCCCUGCGCUGGUUUUCCUGGGUUUGAAGAACAACGACUGCUGCGGCUGCUGUGGGAAUGAGAGCUGCGGAAAACGUUUUGCGAUGUUCAGCUCCAUUCUGUUCGCCGCGGCCGGAGCUGUGGGCGCCGCUUACUCCGUUAUCGUGUCUUGUGUGGCCAUUAACCACGGGCCCAAGUGCUUCACUACCCAACUCAACGGGACUGUCGGAGCAACUAACGCCACUUACCCAUUUGUCGACGGAAACUACCUGUCCAACAGAACGCUGUGGAGUGAAUGUACAGGUCCGGGCGAUAUCGUCACGUGGCAUCUGACCCUGUUCUCGAUCCUGCUGAUCACUGGUCUGGUUCAGAUCGGUCUGUGUGCCUUCCAGGUGAUCAACGGGCUCAUCGGCACCAUCUGUGGAGACUGCUGCGGCUGCUGCGGGAGCUCCUAAACCACUCGGAAUGGACUUGGCUCAAUAACUCUUCAGGACUAAUCACACAUCCAUAUCUGUACUUCUCAACAGUUUUCACCUCAUGAUGUGUAUUUAUACUGUUCAGGUGGAUAUUGUUUUCGUUUGCUGUAUCUGCCUGAUGGCUGAUGGCUUAUGAGGGUGACAUACAGUAUAUAGUUAUAUAUAGAUUUAUUUGAUAUAGGAUAUAUACUGUAUUGAUACAUAUUAUAAAGAAUACUGGAUAUUUAUUCAAACUGUAAGAGAAUGUUAUUUUCAUACAAGUAUUUAGUCUUUUUUUUUCAUGAUGGAUGAAGGGACCGUGCAAAUAUAUGGAAUAUUUGAUAAAAGAUAACAAUUUUUUUUUUUUUAUUUUAUCUCAGGAAAUUGGUUGAAAUGUAUUGCUAUAUUAGUAAAAGAAUAUUUGACACUUAAUAAACUCUUUAAAAAGCA